CAAGGCUCCUCAACGGUGGAGCAGACACCGCAGGCAGCACCAACGCGAACCCUCACCACUCUCUCCGUCUCGCACCAUCCCCUCGCCGCCGCCGCCAUGCUCCGGCUCCGUCGCGGCGUCCUCGCCCAGGUCCUCUCGUCUCUCUCCGCCUCUCCCGUAUCCCCUCUCCAUCGCCUCAUCUCCGCCGCCGCGCCCGCCAUCUCCCCAAACCCUAGCUUCGCCGUGGAGGAGUACCUCGUCUCCACCUGCGGCCUCACCCGACCACAGGCCCUCAAGGCCUCCGCCAAGCUCUCCCACCUCAAGUCCCCCGCCAAUCCCGACGCCGUGCUCGCCUUCCUCGCCGGCCUCGGCCUCUCUGACGCCGAUGUCGCCGCCCUCGUCGCCAAGGACCCGCAGUUCCUCUGCGCCAGCGUGGAGAGAACCCUGGCGCCCGUCGUCGCCGGGCUCUCUGGCCUCGGCUUAUCGCGUUCCGACAUCGCGCGCCUCGCCUCGCUCUCCCGUUACAGCUUCCGCUAUAGAUCCAUCGUCUCCAAGCUGCAGUACUACAUGCCUCUCUUUGGGUCCUUUGAGAAUCUCCUCCGAGCCCUCAAGAAGAACUUCUACCUUCACUCGGCUAACCUCGAUGAUGUGGUCAAGCCCAACGUCGCGUUGCUGCGGGAGUGCGGGCUAGGUGCUUGUGAUAUUGCCAAGCUAUGCAUCAGUCAACCAUGGCUUCUCGCCGCCAACCCGGAGCGCCUCCAGGCCAUGGUGGCAUGCGCCGAAAACAUAGGUGUGCCCUGUGGUUCUGCGAUGUUCAGGCAUGCGCUGCACGCUGUUGCAUUUCUCAACGAGGACAAGAUCGCAGCCAGGGUGGAGUACUUGAAGAACACGUUCAGGUGGACGGAUGCUGAGGUGGCCAUUGCUGUUUCUAAGGCUCCAACGGUGCUGAAUAGGACUAAGGAGUUUCUGCAGAGAAGGUCAGAGUUCCUGAUCUCUGAUUUGGGGUUGGAACCGGCAUACAUUGCUCAUCGCCCGCUAAUGCUCGCGUACAGCCUGGAGGGGCGGCUAAGGCCCCGAUACUACGUUGUAACUUUUCUUAAGGAAAAUGGAUUGCUAGAUCAUGGCCGAGAUUACUAUUAUGCAGUCAAGAUGACUGAGAAGGUAUUCAUGGAGAAGUUCAUAUGCCCUCACAAGGAUGCUGCACCAUACCUUGCUGGAGACUAUGUAGCAGCUUGCAGAGGGGAAUUGCCGGCUAGAUUCAGAUUUACAUGAAGCAAGGAAGGGCUAUGGAAAUUGGUAGCUGUGUAUGUCAUGACAGACUUUUCACUAUUCUUAGUAGCAGUCGCCGGUUAUUUUAAAAGCUUGUCUACCAGGGACCGUGUGUCUAAUUCUGUAUGCCAACAAGAGAAGACAUGUCACACAGGCUGCACUUGUCGAAUAGGUGACAUUUACCUGGAAAUAUUGUUUGAAUCUAAUCCACCCGAACUCAAAGUCUUCAAGUUAAUGAAUUUAUACGUUGCUUUCUUUCUAGUAGGAGAAGAUAUGCUGACAUUAGUUUCAGGUGCAGGCCGCCUAAACGAGGCAGAAGGCUGGUCUCGCUUCGGGGCACACUGCAGACGCAUAGGUUGCAGCCGGGAUUACUAUUACACAGUCAAGGUGACCGGGAAGGAAUCUGUGGAGAAGUUCAUAUGCCCUCACAAGGAAGCUGCACCACACCUCACUGAAGAUUAUGCGGCAGCCUGGAAAGGUGAAGUGCCGACUAGAUUCAGAUUUGCCUAAACCAAGACUGGUCUCGGAGGACUGUAACUUUAAACCCCUCUUUCCAAUGAAAUGAAACGCAAGCCCCCUUUGCAUUUUCUCGAAAAAAAGGAAAAUUGCUAACUGCAUAUGGCAGAACAAAAUUUUCACUCUCCGUAUUAGGCUAUUCAUUCCUGAUUCAGUGUUGUUGGCCUAACUGAAUGGUGGUUGGCUGCUAUCUACUCCCUCCGUUCCAUAUUACUCGUCGCUGAUUUAGGACAACUUUGUACUAAAUCAGCGACAAGUAAUAUGGAACGGAGGGAGUAUAAUCUAUUGUAUGUCUGUUAGACUGUUACAUGCUCAUUUGGCGGUGCUAAUUCAGGAUGACACUGAUAUUUAUUUAGGGGAGAUGAAACUGAUAAUUUGGUUUGUGAGUCUUGGUGUGUUCAUUAUGCCAUUUAGUAGACAAGAAAGCAUUGCAUUGCUGUGAACUUGUCCUUUGAGAUCAUUGCAUCCUACAACUGUUUUGAAGUAUCGGUGAGUAAUAUUGCUGCACACUCUUUAUGUUUACAUUCUCAAAUGACCAUCACAGUUUUCAAUGCAAUCCUCAAUCUAUCUUUCCAUGAAAGAAUGUUCUCACUCUGGCCACGAAGAUGAUAAAAAACCUCAAACUUUCCUUCAGAUGAAAAUUUUGGACUAAUUUUUCCGUGGGAAACAAUUUUGGAUUUGUUGAUGGCCAGUUGGCCGCAGUUUGUUGAUCACUGCAGAGGAUGCAGUUUUGUUCUAGUUUGUUGGUUUCUUGCCAUAGCUCUUCUAAGCUGAAAAUCUUCAUCCUUCCUGUAGUAGCUUUGUUUAUAAGAUAUUAACUGUUCUGAAAGCAUGCCAUUCUUUACUAGUAAUUUUAUCUGUUUAUUUAUUUUUGUUUAUUUGUCUCAUGUAUUUUUGGUUGGACUACUAAAUUGCUGAGUAGUAGGGGCCAGUAGCAUUUCUGUUCACAGCCUACUAUAUAACACUAUGUAACAGAUGGUUCAAAUGCUCUGGUAGUCGGCUAUUCGUACCGGAGGAGCAAAUUGAUGUUGUAUGCUAUGGUGCUGAAAAGCAGAGGGCAUUUCAUACAAUAAGGCAACUUAUGUUAUGGUAACCUUGAAAAGGGUUAUGACAUUACCAUGUUAAUUUCUGCUAUGUCAUUUAGCUUUGAUUCCAUAUUAGCACUUUAUAUAUAUAGAUAAUGUGGGCAUCAUCAUCCCUUGACAUAUUUUUUUAGGGUAGUAAAGUGGAUAUUAUGUACCUUUUUUCGUAAAUUUAUAUCUAGGAAAUCGGAGUAGGAAAAUAAAAAAGGCGGAUGGGAUGCCAUGUUGUAUAGAACCUUGCAGAAAUUCAAACAUAGAAAUUACUACGUGCCUCAGUGUAUGAACCAACUUAUGCGAGGAUAGUGCACAUUUGCUUGUUCCUGAUGUGAGCCUGUAGAUGUUGGAAGAAAUGAUAUCUCAAGUGUGUGCUUGCAGCAAGACAAAGGAGAUGGUUCAUGCUAUUACGGGCGAAGAGAUGUGAUUUGAAGAUCAGUUGUGUUUCCCUUCUCUGGUGCUUGUUGGAAUUAUAGAAACAAGACUAAUGAUAUAUAGACGAGGUGAAUGGAUCGAUCGAUGGAGUGACUUAAUUACAACAAGGAAACGAGAUGAAACAUGUCGGCAAUGGCUUUUAUGUACUAUACAUGAUUCUGAAGGCUCUGUAAAUUGAUGAUGCCCUGAAGCUUCAGUGACAUCUUCUGAUGAUGGCAUGAGUUUUAUUCAGGUUACUGGAAGUAUAUGAGGCACGUGACGAAAUACAAGUGCAAAUGCUAUCUGAUUUGCACCAUUCUUAUUUCUGGGAUCUAUUUCUCCAACAUUUAUGCAUAUUCGUUUAGAGUAGAUAAAUAAUCCCACUAGUGAACUUAUUACAUGAAGGCAAUGUGCUGACAGUUGAUGAUGAGUUACGGCUCCUGAAAUACUCCCGAAAAUUAUAUCAAUUAUCUCUAUGGAGCAGAGAUGAAAAAACUCACAGAAGAGGCAUGAUGAGCACGACGAGACCACCACAACCGUCAGGAUGACCAGGAGAAGAGCAUCAACUGGGGGAUGAUGUAGUACUGGUAAUUCUGUUUCCAGAGCAAACUCAGCAAGGUUGUAUACCAACUCAACUUUACACGAAAAGCUUUGCCUUAUAAUCAGAGAUUCAUUCAGGGAUUGGUCAUGGCUAUAAAUUGAUGAGUCUAAUAAACAGGGGCUGGGUUGAACAUGGACAGGUAUGGUGCCACGGACGGGGAUUCAGUUCAACUAAAUAAAUAAUCAGAGAGAAGAGCAAGCACAAGAUAGUCCAAACUACAACCACAUCAAAGUCCUCUUUCGUUCCUUUGGUUGUUGCUAGGUCCUGAUGAAACUGAUACUUUUGUUCCUUGAUGGCAGUAUGGCACGGAUUUGAACGUUUUCAUCCCCAUCUCAUGGUGACACCACAUGUUGGAAUGGAGAAAUUAUGAGACCAGGCAAUUAUUCAAUGCAUUAAAAAUGCUAAUUUUUCAGUUCA